AUGCACACAGAUUUAUCACCUCAUUUACACACUCAAGAAUGCAAUGUUUUGAUUAAAUUAUUACAAGACUGUCAUGUUGAGCAUCCGUUCCGAAAAUUCAUGGGCUAUUGUAAUGACUAUGAUCGGGAUAUGAGAAGGUGCUUGAAAGCCGAACGUAUACGACGACAACAAGCAAAUAAUGACGAAGCAGUAAGAAAACAUGCUGAGAGGAGAGCCAGAAUAUUAGCACAAUCUCAGAAUACUGAAAACUUAUGA